AUGGCCAGGGAAAGUGCAUUAUCCUUCUCAGUAGCUUCAGUUGUGGAGGAUGUUCUGAACCGAUCUCAAGGUCUUGACUUGGACUCUCGUAGAGCCCAGGAGGCCGCAAUGAGAAGAUAUGAAGGUGCAGCCUGGCUGAGAAAAACGGUAGGAGUUGUUGGGGCAAAAGAUUUSCCUGCAGAGCCUUCAGAGGAAGAAUUUAGGCUUGGUUUGAGGAGUGGACUAAUUCUCUGCAAUGUGAUUAAUAAAGUUCAUCCCGGAGCUGUGCCAAAGGUGGUUGAAAGUUCAUGUGAUUCUGCUGCUGUACCMGAUGGGGCUGCUUUAUCUGCAUAUCAGUACUUCGAGAAUGUGAGGAACUUUCUUGUAGCUGUAGAACAAAUGGGGCUCCCUACCUUUGAAGCAUCUGACUUGGAACAAGGAGGCAAAUCUUCAAGAAUUGUGAAUUGUAUUUUAGCACUUAAAUCAUACAGUGAGUGGAAACAAACAGGUGGCAAUGGGACUUGGAAAUUUGGGGGCACUUUAAAGCCCACCACACCUAGCAACAGCAAGCACAUUGUUCGCAAAAACUCAGACCCAUUCACAAAUUCCUUGUCAAGGAGUAUGUCCAUGAAAGUUCAAUCUCCRGAAACUGAUGAUAGCAGAACGCAUAAUUCAUCCUUAAGUACACUUGUUCGUGCAGUUUUGCUGGAUAAAAAACCUGAUGAGGUUCCCAUUCUUCUAGAAUCCUUGCUAAGUAAGGUCAUGGAAGAGUUUGAAUAUCGUAUUGCAAAUCAAGUUGAACUGCAGAAACCUGCUGCCAAGGAUUCUCCUAUUUAUAGUGGAAACAGAACCCUUCUGAAACAUACUUCUUUCAACAUCAAAGUGGAAGACGAACAUUCUGCAAUGGUAAUGGAAGACAAAAGCUCUCAUAAAAACUCCAUCUUUGAUGAAGAAACAAGAAGAAAACACCUGAAACAUCAAAUGGCCUUUGAUGGACAGCAAGAAGAUAUCAAGGAGUUGAAGCAAACUUUGUCAAUCACCAAAGCUGGGAUGCAGUUUAUGCAAAUGAAAUUCCAUGAAGAAAUUCAGAAUCUUGGUCAGCACGUUCUUGGUCUAGCUCAUGCUGCUUCAGGAUACCAUAGAGUUCUUGAGGAAAACCGGAAGCUAUAUAAUCAAGUACAAGAUCUUAAAGGAAAUAUUAGAGUUUAUUGCCGGGUGAGACCCUUCUUGGGAAGACAAUCGAACUUCACAAAUACCGUGGAUUACAUUGAGGAAGGAACGAUUGCUAUUAAUACCCCACCAAAGUAUGGAAAAGGACGUCGAUCAUUCAACUUCAACAAAGUUUUUGGGCCGUCAGCAACCCAGGGGGAAGUCUUUGAAGACACUCGACCCCUCAUUCGUUCUGUUCUUGAUGGUUACAAUGUUUGUAUCUUUGCUUAUGGUCAAACUGGUUCUGGAAAAACACAUACAAUGAGUGGACCAAAAGAUCUUACGGAGAAUAAUCAAGGAGUUAAUUACAGGGCGCUAAACGAUUUGUUUGUGCUGGCAGAGCAGAGAAAGGGAACCCUYAAAUAUGAUGUAUCUGUUCAGAUGAUUGAGAUAUAUAAUGAGCAAGUGCGCGAUCUCCUCACCACUGAGGGUUUAAGCAAAAGAUUAGAGAUUCGAAACAAUUCACAGAAUGGAUUCAAUGUGCCGGAUGCUAGCCUGGUCCAUGUUUCAUCAACAUAUGAUGUUAUUGAUCUGAUGAACCUAGGACAAAGAAAUCGUGUUGUGGGAGCAACUGCUCUCAAUGACCGUAGUAGUCGCUCUCACAGCUGCUUGACUGUACAUAUCCACGGGAGGGACCUGACAUCGGGAGCUGUUCUUCGUGGUUGUAUGCAUUUAGUUGAUCUUGCAGGGAGUGAAAGGGUGGAUAAAUCUGAAGUGACUGGAGAUAGAUUAAAAGAGGCACAACAUAUCAAUAAAUCUCUAUCAGCCUUAGGAGAUGUCAUUUCUUCUCUUGCCCAAAAGAAUUCACAUGUCCCUUACAGAAACAGCAAACUCACACAAUUACUUCAAGAUUCGCUUGGUGGGCAGGCAAAGACACUCAUGUUUGUUCACAUAAGCCCAGAGCUGGAUGCUGUUGGCGAAACACUUAGUACACUUAAGUUUGCUGAGCGGGUAGCCACUGUUGAACUUGGUGCCGCACGAGUAAAUAAAGACARUUCAGAUGUGAAAGACCUAAAAGAACAGAUUGCCAAUCUAAAGGCAGCUUUAGCACGUAAAGAAGGGGAACAUGAAGGCAUGCCAUCAUCUCCUAUCCCUCCUAACUUACAGGAUGGAGAUCUGUUUACUGAGCCAAAGGGUCGAAGGAAACCAACAGGAGAUGCAGGCAACAUUGAGGUGAGCUGCAAAAAGUAUGGGUUGAGGCAGAGGACACAAAGCUUUGAUUUAGAYGAGUUGAUAGGAAAUUCACCCCCUUGGCCUCCAGUAAGUAGUCCUGGUGAGGAUGAUAGAGAAAUCGGAUGCGGUGACUGGAUAGAUAAGGUGAUGGUAAACAAACAAGAUGGAGGACGUUGGGAAGCAGAAAAUUCUCCCUUUUACCAAAAAUAUCAUCUCCCAGAGAGUAGGAGGUUACAGUCCGAAGAAUCUUUUGGAAAUGGAUUUGAGGGUGCUACUAGCGAUGAUGUUGAUGCUGUCACCAGUGACUCAUCUGAGCCAGAUCUACUGUGGCAAUUCAGUCACUCCAAACUUGCAAGUUUGACCACCAAGGGGACGAAACUCAAUAACUUGAAUGCAAAGGCAACAGGGAGGCCAGAACGAAGCAGCAGGACAAUGAUUUCAAAUGUUGGGCCUUCGGGUUCACGAAGAAUAACAACACAGGGAGGCGGGAGGCAAGUUGAAGUUAAAAAGAAAACUGGGAACAGGAAGUAGUAUUUUUUUUUUUUCAU